AUGGCUAAACGAUUUGAGAAAUGUCAGAUUGAUGUUCUCAAGUCGGCAUUUGAAGAGUCGGAGCACUUGACCAGAGAGAAGAAGAUUGAUUUGGUGAGGACUACAGGUCUGGAUAUGGAGCAGAUUGCCAGCUGGUUCAACAGGAAAAGAGCGUGUAAGCGAGCUCGGAAAUCCUUGGGGGAUUUGGAACGAAUUAAUGCUGAACUCCAGCUAGCAAUGGAGGAGAGUAGAGAGAAGGAAGCCGAGCUCCAAAAGAAGCUUAACGAGAACAAGCAGAGAGAAGCUGAACUUGAAGCAGAAAACCAGAGUUUAAAACAAUUAAUCUCUAGCUAUUUAUGGAGGUGA